UGCGUGCGUGCAUGUAUAGCUACAUCACUUGAUAAACACCCACGACUUUAAUUAGAGUUGAAUCGCAUGCAAUGGACCCCCUCCAAACAGGGACAAGCUCCCUAUUUCCAACACAGACCCAGCUACCAACCUCUUCAGUUUUAGCCACGCCUCCAAACAGACCCCCAGCUGAGGUGGGUUACGCCCCCACGAUCAUACUCGUACUUGUACUGGUCAUCAAUGUCAUCAUUGGCGUACUAUUAGCGGGACUAUGGAUUAGGAGGAGCAAAAACAAAAAAAGAAAAAGGGAGAAUUUUGUUGUCAAAAUGAGCGAGAUAUCAGACGAGUUUGCUAACGAGGUACAAUACGUCAGUUUCAAGUCGGCUCAAAGCACUUCAGUGAGCGUGACUAACGGGCAACAGCUGGCUAACAGUACGCACACUAUUCCUUCGCAACUACCACAGAAUCGCGACUCUAAUGCAGAGCAAAGAGGAGAGACAGAAGUGCCGAGCAUUCAAAUUCAAAACGAAAGGGGCUUUCUCACCGUGCCUCCGCUGAGCCAGACAGAGAAGGCACUGACACUCAACUUGAAGCUAUCUUCUAAUAAUGCAUACGGACGUAAGCUUCAGCCCAUCCCCUCCCGAGUUGCUAGGCAAUUAUAUGAGGAUUCAAUGGACACACAAGAAAAUAUGGCAUACGCUGAUGAUACAUUGCCCCUCCCCUUAGCAACCAGGUUGUCCCAACCAGGUAGUUAUGCCAACAGACCACCCCCCUUGCCGACCAGUAUUCGACAACCCAUUGACUAUGAUUACCAGUACGUUGAGGAGUGCCUACCGACACAACGCGCCCUCACAGCUAGCUACACGUACGUCGGUGAUGGUGGAGAUAAUAACCAGGGGGGGACAGCUGGUAAGAGCAACCUGGCCGAACACGGCCCUAACUAUACAUACAUUGACCCUGUGACGCUCGACCAGCUGCGGCAUAUCAAGCCCGAACACGAGUACGCAAGUAUAGGGGAGACCAACGCAGCCGCUAGCGAUGGACCCAACUAUACCUAUAUCGACAAUGAGGCUACGGAGAACGGGUUGGAGUACUACAGUGAUACGACCGGGGGAGAGGGUGUGGUUCAAAGUGGAGACUAUUACAGUACCAUUACAGUACACAACAAUUGACGCAUGACGAGUGAAUAUUGUAGUUUAGCUAUCAUGGUUGUGAUUGUAAUACACAAUGCACACACCUUAUAUAUAAUAUAUACGAGUAAGAAUGAUCACAUGACUUCAGAUUAUUAUCUGCACAGAAACAGUCCAAGUGUACAUGUGAGUUGUAAUAUUUGCUAUAUGAUAGAUCAGUUAUAGUGGUACUAUUAAUAAUAUAAUGGAGAAUAUUCUACCUACUAGCACAACGCUACUUUCUACCACAAGUUCACUAUGGCCAUCGAGAAGCACAACAGCAAUGCACACUACUCCUCUACAAGCAACACCGUCAAUGAUCCCCCCGGGGGGUAGCAGCUAUUUUGCCAUAACAUUUAGUACUGCAAUUCUACUAUUUAUCACAUUGGUCAGCACCACUGUGAUAAUCGUCUUGGGUUGCGUACUACAUUAUAAGUCAAAGAAGUUGAGAAAGAUAGAAAGAGAACGCAAUACAACCAACGAUCUGAACACAUCAGAACCCAUUUACGAAGAAAUAAGCGAUGAGACAAGAUUGAGACAAGAUGCUGCCUAUACUAUGGCUACAACAAACUCCCUAGAAUACGAGUCAAUCAGAAGCAUACCCCCAGAGAGAAGGCUACCCCCAGAGAUAAGCCUACCCCUAUACGACGAAGCAUACUGUACCAGUGACAGGGAAAGACCAAAAAAGCUACUUGAAGUAGAGAAUGAACAGUCUGUACAAGAGUUCACUAGUAACAGUGCAUACAACCUUUUAACUGGACAGUAACACGUAUAUUCAACUCGCAUACGGAUAUUCAAGUAAAGCUUUUUUGUGAAAACAGUUUUAUAAGGUUUGGUUAAGAAUGUACGUAAAGUGGAGACUAUUACAGUACCAUUACAACAUACAACGAGUGGUUGUAGUUUAGCUACCAUAUAUGGUUGUGAUUGUAGAGUACACUAAUUAAUACCGGUAUCAAGAGUGCAUGAAGUCCCGAUACACAAUGCAGACACCUUAUAUGACUGACUGUGUAUAUACGAGUAAGAAUGAUCACAUGACUUGAGCUAAUUAUCUACAGGGAAACAUUCCUAGUGUUUAACUAUCUGAGCAGGCAUAACAGGAUAGAUCAGUUACAGCCGCUACUAUUAUAAAUGCAGAGCUCACUACCGUCUCCCACAAGUUCCCUAUGGCUACCACAACUACAGCAAUGGACACUAGUACUCUACACGCAACACCGUCAAUGGGGCCGGGGCCUAGCAACAACAGUCAUGUAGCAAUUGGUGUAGCAAUUUUUACUGGAAUUCCACUAAUUAUAAUAAUAGCCAGCGUCAAUGCUUUAAUCGUCUUGUGUUGCAUACUACAUUAUAAGUCAAAGAAGCUGAAAAGGAUGAAAAGAGAACACAAUACAGCAGACGAUCUAAACACAUCCGAACCCAUUUACGAGGAAGUAAGCGAUGAGACAAGAUUGAGACAAAAUUCUGCCUCUACAACAAACUCCCUAGAAUACGAGUCUAUCAGAAGCAUACCCCCAGAGAGAGGUCUACCCCCAGAGAUGAGCCUACCCCUAUACGACGAAGCGUACUGUACCAGUGACAGGGAAACACAAGAAAUGGAGCCACUAGAGUUAGAGAAUAGACUGUCAGUACAGGAGUUCACUAGUAACAUUGCAUACAACCUUUUAACUGGACAGUAACACGUAUUCAACUCGCAUACGGAUAGUUAAGUAAAGCUUUUUGUGAAAACAAUCAAAAAUUACCGAGAUAUAAUUAUAGGUUUGGUUAAGAAUGUGCGUAAUUCGUAUGUGCAUAAUAUACAUAGUUUAUAACAAUGUCUUUAUUUUAA